AUGAUUAGGGUUUGUGACACCGACAAAUCUUCAUUGCAUUUGGUUUAUGAAAGAUGGGACAUUAUGGUUCAAGAGGUGAAAGAUGUCAUCUACAAAAAAGAGGGUAAACUAGAUCAUGAAGAAUCUACCUUCUUUAAUGUAGUUAAAGGGAUUCUUAGUAGUCGUUGGAGUAAGGGUAGUACUCCACUCCAUUCAUUAGCACAUUCUUUGAAUUUAAGAAUUUACACGGAAGAAUGGCUUAAUGAGGUCCCGGGACGAGUAGCUCCAAAUGCCGACAAUGAAAUUUCCACACAAAGAUUACAAUGCUUUCGUAGGCUUUUUCAAAGUCCCGAUGAAAGAUUCAAGAUCAACACGGAAUUUGCAAUAUUUUCACAAAAAUCAGAGGGGAUCUUUCUCAACAUUGAUUGCAUGCAUGAUAUGGCUUUAAUGGAUGCUAAAAAUUGGUGGGCAACUCAUGGUUCCCAAGUGCCUAUGCUUCAAAGUUUGGAUUAUAAGCUAUUAGGUCAACCUUCUUCCACUACUUGUAGUGAAAGGAAUUGGAGCACCUAUAAGUUUAUUCAUUCUUGCACUAGAAAUAAGCUUACUCCUAAACGUGCUCAAGACUUGGUAUUCAUUCAUAACAACCUUCGAUUACUUUCUAGGAGAAGUGAAGAAUACACUAAGGGAAGAUCUAAGUUGUGGGAUGUGGGAGGAGAUGAGCAUGACAACCUAGGAGAUGUUGGUAUUCUUGAGAUGGCCGAGCUCUCACUUGAUGAACCCGAGAUGGAAAAUAUGGUUUUUGAUGAUGUAAUUGAUGAUGGUGUAGAAUGA